AUGUUCGUUUAUGUUCCCAAAGAUGCACUAGCCCAACAAUUUACUACUACUAGAUUAGACAUGAUACGACCAAAAUUAACAUGGGCAUCUAUUGAUGUUUUUAGGAAAAGAAGUGUUACAAUAUAUAGUGAUGAUGACAAACCAUUAGAAAUACGUAAUUUAUAUGAGAUACCAGAAAACACAAAGUACUAUAUCACCACUGAAUAUGAACCUUUAGGUAAUAAAACUAAACAACGUUAUAGAUAUGAUUUAAAUAGAAGUGGAAAAGAAUUGACUGUGUCUAGUGAAUUUUAUGACAACAAUCAUGUUUUUGAAAUACAAACUAUGCCUAAUGAAUAUCACGUAUUUCAUUCACAAGCAAAAAUAGGUAAUACAACAACAGAAGGAAUGGUUUAUUUAACAUCAGAACGAUUUAUGUUUAUUCCUCAGUUUCUUCAAAUGCCAUAUUUUAUGAAUAAUCAAGAAAUUAAAAUGGAUUAUAUGUAUUUAAUCAAAACUCAAUUAAUUGAAUCUAUGACACUUAAUGGGACAAGCAUUGUAUUAAGCAUGAACCCGUUUUACCAUCCUGACUUACCACCAGUUAUUGAAUUAACAUUCACUUCACAACCAUUAGUAUUAUCAUUUAUGAAUUCAUUACAUUCAAUACGAUUUGAAGAUGGGGGUGAAUCACCACUACACAAAUUACCAGCAAAUGGAGAAAAUGUUAGAAAUAGCCAUGAACGAGUUGAUGGAAUAUAUAAUCCAAUAGUUGAGUUGUCACGACAAGGAAUGGAAGAGAUGUACAUGAUUAGUGAUGUUAAUGCUCAUUUUAAAGUAUGUCCAACAUAUCCAUCAGUUCUUGUUGUACCUAUUGAAAUGAAUGAAAGAAUGAUGGUAAAUAUAGCAUGUUUUAGAUCAAAAGGAAGGAUUCCUUUAGUAACUUAUUAUAAUAAGAAGACUGGUGCAGCAUUAUUUAGGUCAUCACAACCAUUAGUCGCAACCACAUUUGCAUUUGGAGUAUUUAAGAAAUCAGAAAGUGUUGACGACCAAAAUUAUAUUACCCAUAUUCGAUGUGAUGGAAGAGAUGAUAAAUCAGUAUUAAUAGUAUUAGAUUGUAGAGCUAUGGCAAAUGCAGUUGCAAAUAGGUUAAGUGGAGGAGGGACUGAAAGUAGUGGAUCUUAUAAAAAUUGUAUUAUUGACCAUUUAAAUUUACCCAAUAUACAUGUUGUAUUUUCUGCAUAUCAAAAAAUGAUAAAUGGCAUAAUAAAUAGAAGUAAAAAAGAAGUGUCACAAUUUUAUACUAGUGUUGGAGAAUGGAUUGAUAUUUUACAAACGAUUAAUGAAAGUGUUUGCAAAACAUGUGAUUUGUUAAAAAGUGGAAAUAGAGUAUUAGUUCAUUGUAGUGAUGGAUGGGAUAGAACACCACAAAUCUCAUCUUUAUCAAGAAUUUGUUUAGACCCUUAUCACAGAACUGUAGAAGGAUUUUUAGGUUUGAUCGAAUAUGAGUGGAUUAUGUUAGGACAUAAGUUUCAAUCUCGUUUAAGAAACCAAACAAAAGAAAAUUCACCUAUUUUUAUUCAAUUCUUAGAAAUUGUUGUAAUGUUAAUUAAGAAAUAUCCAAAUGCAUUUGAAUUUACUCCAUUAUUAAUAAAAGAUCUUGCUAUAGAAAGUGUUUGUCCAACAACAGGAACAUUUCUUUAUAAUUGUGAAAAAGAAAGAAGAAGAUAUGAUGUUUGUACAACAAGAAUGUCAUUUUUCCAAUAUAUAUUAGAAAAUAAAACUGUUUAUAUAAAUACAAAUGCUACAUUAAAUAAGUAUAAUGAAAUUGAAACAAAAUUUGAAGUCUUUGAAUAUAGAAUAUGGAAUGAAUAUUAUUUAAGAGAAUUUGAUCAAAUAUGUAUCUCACCUCAAAAAUAA